AUGGAGGGUCUAACUGCAACGCAGAUAUAUUCACCGGAACAAAUUGCUGAGGAUGCCUCUACUUCAACUGCGGACGAUUCAACUGAGCCAGUGCGCCGUUCGUUAACCAAAGCUGAACGAGAAGCACACAGAAGAUCUAAUGAAACACAAAUCGAUCGUCAUUUACGCCUUGCAGCCAAGAAAGGACGAGCAGCAUCAAGGAAGUCCAAUGAGACAAAAGACGAACGUACUUUGCGUCUAAAAUUCGAUGCAGAAAGAGCAAGACAAAGACGAUUGGCAGAGACCGAAGAGAAGAAAUCUGAGCGUUUGGCUAAAGAUGCAGAAAGGGCAAGAAAAAGGCGAUUGACCGUGUCAGAGAAGAACCGCAUGCUGGAGCCGUGUACGGGCAUAGAUAUGAUAGGUACACAGUCUACUGCAGCGUCUCCUCAGGAAUUUGAGGAUAGACUCGUUCAAAAACGAUCGCGAACCUUAAACUGUGGAGAACAACGUUGCUUAGUUUCCUGUACUUGCGGCCGAGAUGGCUGCGAAUAUGUGUUUCCACUCCUUCGCCCCUUCAGUCUAGCUCCAUUCCAACAGUCCAACCAAGAAAGUACAUGCAGACUUCUCAUUCAGAAAGAAACAGAAUCUGCUCACUUCUGCCAAAGAGAUUCCGCUGGAAAUGAGAGUAACUAUUUGAAGAUUCCACUACCAUACUCCGUCACUACGCUCUCUGAGAAUACGACAACACAGGUCAUGGAAGAAAGCUUCAGUGAUAUGGAUGUGCAUGCCUCCAAUUUCGCGGGUUGUCGGAAGUUCAUAAGAGGGGAACAGGUACAACCAAAAGCAGAAAAUCAAGAUCCAUGUGCUACAUUCGGCAUGGCCUCAGCUGUAAACGACAUAAAAGGCUUUAGAGAAAUAUGUGCUCGAAGUACUCGUAGACUAGAACAAAUUAUGUGCUUGUUUGCAGAUAACAGAAAAUAUGCCAUGCAAGCUGACAUUCCCAUCAUUUGA